AUGGCUAGCAAUGAAAGCGAAUACAUGCUUGUCCCUCAUAAACAUAAAAUCAAUUUCUACAAAACCACAAAAGUUCAUGUAUCCAAUGAUUUUGUUAAUACAGUAGAUCCUUAUCAUUUUAUCUCUUUCCCAGAUUUGCUAGCCAGGAACUUUGACACUCGUGUUGCAUUUGAUUUUCUAGGUGAAGUUGUGUCAACUGAUCCCAUGCGAGUCAUUGUUGAGUAUGGAAGAGAGAAAAGGUUAAUGAAUCUGGUUGCUCAGGAUUUAAGUGGUACGAGAAUUGCAAUCGCUUUGUGGGGCAGUUUUGCAAUGAAGCUGAAUACUUACAUUUCACAACAUAAUAAUGACACUGCUCCUGUUAUUAUCCUGCUACGUUUGGCCAAACUCAAAAUUUGGGGUGGUCAGCCUCAAGUUGGUAAUUGUUUGUUUGGGUCUAGAUUGCAUAUAAAUGAUGAUAUGCCUCAGAUUUUGGAGUUCAAAUCAAAUCUUAAUGCUUUGGAUACGAAUGUUGAGUCUUCUAGCCGUACAUCCCAGCUCAACUCAGAUACCGGAGUUGGUUUAACCAUUAUCGCAACUAUCAUUGGUUUUGAUAUGGAUGAUGGUUGGUAUUCAUUUUAUUGUCGUGAUUGUUCUAAAAAAGUUACUAAAAAUGAUGAUGAUGUUGAUGCUGGCCCUUUUCACUGUGAUGGUUGUGGAUUUGUCUCGGAUGUAUUUGGAAAGAUUAGGAUAGUAGUUCGUGUGCAAGAUGAAAGUGGCUCUUCUUCGUUUGUAUUGUUUGAGCGUCAUGUAAAAGAUCUUAUUCAUCGUGGAAACCAAUGGUUGAUGGACAAAAUAGCUAAGGAUCAGGGGCGUCAACAGAUACCUGAUGAGUUCAAAAUUCUUCUAAAUAAGAAGUUUUUCUUCAAAGUUCAGAUUUCCAUGUUCAAUCUGCAGAACAACUAUCGUGCUUACACUGUGCAUAAGUUAACCGAUGAUGAAAGGGUUCUUGCUGAGGUGACAAAACAGUCACCAAAUCAUCAACAUCAUAAUAUAAAUGAUAAUGGUACUCCUAUUAACAAGCCAAAUAAGGAAAAUACUAAUUCUGUGCAUGAUGACAAUCUUGAUGUUGUUGACCUUGAAGCUGUAACACCAUCAUCGAGUACGGGGAAGCUCCCUAUUGAGAUUGUUGCCAACACUGACUCUUUGGAGUGGUCUUCUUCAAAAACUUGUGUUGUACAGGAUACCUUGAAGAUCCCAAAGUUGGAAAAGUUGGACUAA